AUGGCGCCGUCUCUCCUCCGCAUUGCUCCGCGAUUCACGCCCACCGCCUCCAGCCACCCUGCCCGAUCCCUCGCGCCUUCUCGCGCGGCGCGUGGCGGAAGUUCCACGUCAGCGUCGCGCGCGUGGCUGCGGCGCUCCAUCUCCGCGUCGUGCGUCGCGCUGCUCCUCCUGCUGCUGACGGCGUCGCUGUUGCGCGCUCGAAUUCGCCCACAGUCGCCAGAAGGGGGCGCUGGGAGCGGCGAGGGGGAGCGGCCGCUGAGGGUGUAUGUGGUGCUGCUGCCGGCGCCGUACAACGUCGACCUCAUCCCGCUCGCGCAGGUGACUCGCGCCCCUCGUGGCCCCUCGCUCAUCGUGAGCCUCUCCCCUGGCCCUACAUCCUGGCCCUCUCCCCCUUGGCGGAGGUGGUUAGAUUCCCCUUGUCGCACGCCUCUCUUACCCACCCCGCUUUCUCUGUCUCCUCCCACUUCCUUCUUCCCCCAUUUCAUUCCGCAUCUCCCUCCGCCCUUCCCCUGCGCGCCCCCACUGGAAGGGGCGCAGUCACUGCUGCCACCAGCGGCCCUGUCCUCCUCCGCCGCGCCCUCACCGCCGUGCACCGUGCGUCUCCACUCGCCCCACGCCGUGCCGCUCUCCUGGCUGCACUCCCCUUCCCCUCCUUCCCCCUCCUCCGCCUCCUCUGCCUCGUCCCUACCCGCUGUUGCAUCCCCUGCCAGUGGCAGCAGCGGCGGCUCUGCCGCCCUCUCAACGCACCUGCUGCCGUUCCUCGCCACGCCAGACCUGCCGGACCUGCCCGUGCCGCUCUCACCAUCACCACCGCCGUCAGCAGCAGCGGCAGCAUGGGAGGCAGCGGGGGAGCGAGCAGCGGUGGCGGGGACAGAUGGGGCGGUGGACGUGAGUGUGCCGUGCUACCCUGAUUACCCCUACUUCCGCCAGCACGGGGCGGAAUACUUCCUCACGCUCUCCCUCCUCGCAGGCACGGCAGCAGUGCAACGCGUGCAGCGAGUGGAGGACGCAGAAGUCGUCUUCGUGCCCUACUGGUCCACACUCGCCUUCCGCACCAACGCCAGUGAGAUCCUGGACCCCAUCAUCGCCCGCUUCGCCCGCCGCCACGCCGCCACACUCGCCAGCAGUGCGGCCAACGCCACUCACGGCAGUGGGGGCAGCAGCGAGAGCACAGGCAGCGAGAGCACAGGCAGCGAGAGCACAGGCAGCGAGAGCACAGGCAGCAGCAGCAGCAGCAGUGGGAGAGAGGCAGGGCGCAUGCCCCCGCUGGUGGUGCCGUGUGUGUACCCGCUGGCCAUGUUCAACCACUCGCUGCCCCUUGCUGCCGCCAUCAAACUCGCUGUCGACCUCGACCUGCACUGGCCGCAGGCAGCAUCGUAUGACGGAGAUGUGAUAGUGCCGUACGUGCCGCUGGUGCCGCCCUUCUCUCACGACAGUGGCGCCUGGGCCCACCGCCCGCUGCUGCUCUUCUUCCAGGGCACCACCGACCGCUGGGGGCAAGUGCAGCGGGAGCUGCAGGGGCAGCCAGGGGUGCAGUUCACAGUGGGGCGGGCGGACAACAGCAGCAUGACGGCGCAGGCCACCAACACCAUGCGCCGAGCCAAGUACUGCCUGGUGCCGCGAGGUGACACCUCCUCCAGCUGUUGUCUGUUUGAUGCCAUUCUCUCCGGGUGCAUCCCAGUGAUAAUCAGCGACGCCCUCGACCCGCCCUUUGAGGACGUGAUUGAUUACACCGCCUUCGCGCUGCUCAUCCCCGCCGCCCUCGCGGUGCGCCCGGGGUACAUUCUAGGAAUGCUGCAUGCGCAGACAGAGGCCGUGUGGCGGCAGCAGUGGCAGGCAAUGAGGAAGAGGACAUGGUGUGGCGGGCCGUGGCGCGGCGGGUGA